AUGCGGCGGGAACAUGACCACAUCGAAUGCAACACGCUAAAGUUCUGUCCAAAAUCUCAUCCGCAGGACUACGGAAGAGUUGACUACGCCACCGGUGCCAAGCGCGGAGGGCCUCCACAGCUGCCACCAUUAGUCGGCCAGCCGGUCUGGACUCAGAAAUGCGGCUGGUGGCUGGACAACUCCGAGAGCGACUUCUGCUACCUGAUGAUCCGCCAGCCCACUAAGACCUGGGAGAAGGCGCAAGACGACUGCCAACGCCUCCAAGGGAACCUGCUCAGCAUCACCGACGACCAUGAGCAGACCUUCGUACGCGGUUACAUCAAGGGUCUGACGAACGCAUCCUCUCUGUGGUUGGGCGCCAAUGUCGCCAUCAGUGACGAAGGCAGCACGUGGGCUGACGGAGCCUCGUUCACUUACGUCCACUCGACUUCAGGUACCCCCGAUGGAAAUUGUCUGUCCUUCCUCACUGGCAACGGCAACUGGCACUACGACUCGUGCAACAAGGAGAGAGGUUACGUCUGCAAGAAAAGAGGAAAUGUAAAGCCUACGCCGGCUCCUGACUGUAAGUCACCUUCGACUGCGUCGAAAACCAUGACCCUGGAGUCACACCAUGCCAACCAACAAAUUCUGUGUUUUUUCCGCGAAGAUGAAUGUUCCGGAAUCCUUUCAAAAUGUAAACGUCUCUUGAUGCCAUUGGGCUAA